UCCUUUCGUUUUGUACAGUUAGCGAAGUAAAGGUAAACAAUGGCCAUGUCGCUUCUGAGGCAGGUCGUGUCCUCCAAUGUGACAGCUGCUACGAGGGAAAUAUCUCCAUUACUCAAUAAUUAUGGUGUUUGGCUUGCCAGCACAAGAAAUGCCAGCAAAAAGUCAGGAGGUAGCAGUCGAAAUACCAAGGGUAGAGCAAAGGGCAAAUCCAGAGGUGUCAAGAGAGAAGAUGGAGAUUGGGUAACUCAGGGAACCAUUCUUGUCCAGCUAGGUCUUGACUUCCUUCCUGGACUAAAUGUUGGCAUUGGGAUAAACAGAACACUCUAUGCGAGAUAUCAUGGCCGAGUGAUGAUCACAACAGAAAAAGUUGAUCCUAAUUGGGAUCACAAAAUUAUCAAGCGUUUCAAAGGUCUCGUCCAACAAGAUGAAGGUGCACCCAUAUAUAAAACAUAUCUCCACGUCUUAACAGAGCCACAAAAAAACAAUUUCAAACUUGUUGAUCAAAUUUAAACAUUGUCAUAUUUUACAAACUUUGUCAUAUUUUACAAAUUUUCUAAUUGCUGUUUGGAACUCCAGUAGUAGUGAUCAAAAUAUGGUGACCCUUUCAAGAAGUUAACAAUUGAACAGAGCCAUUAGCAUGAAUAGUGAAAGUAACCAGCUAUUUCCUGCCUCAGCUUGCAAAAAACUUCUCACUUAUCAUAUUGAACAAUCAACACAAGGGAAUGAGAAGAGAGGGGCAGAAACUUUACCUAGGAAGUUAUAUUGCAUUACAACACUGUAUGUUGCACUUCAUUAGCAGUGUGUGUGUGUGUGUGUGUGUGUGUGUGUGUGUGUGUGUGUGUGUGUGUGUGUGUGUACAUAAAUAUAGAUAUUCCCUUUGUAUCAGGUAGUGUACAAUUAUCAUAAUCAGAAUAUAUUAUGAUGGAAAUAAAAGAUUGCGAUUUACAUAU